AUGCAUAUCAAAGCUAUUUUUGCCGUAUUAACUGUCCUUUUUCUGACCCUGGUCGCUGGACAAAAUCGUAACUGCGAUGAAUUGACCCGAAGGUGUGAACGCUGCGUGGAAGGUUUAAAUAAUCGAAAUGAUCGUGACCUGCCAGCCUUCAACAGGGAGUGCAGGGAGAAAACCCGAAGGACUUGGCGUUGGAGGAAUGUUGGACGUUGUGAGCUGACCAGACUAAACUGCUUGGGAUCGGAUCGACGUAUGAAUUGUAAUGAUAUCGCUGAGGUCGCUGGCAUGCAACGUAUUAACUAA